GGUUAAUACAUCUACCGUAGGGAGCGGAGAAGGCUAAGGAGGCAGCGGUAAUUUCUACACACAGAAUCAGCAGAAAGGAUCGGAAAAAGGAGGCUGGCAGCAGGAGCGGGUAAGCAGUGAUGCUUUACCGACCCAUCCUCCUCUAAGCCCAGCAGCCCCAUUGCAGCUAGUGCCCGCCCCGGCGACACGGGCAACGGCAUCACAAGGACCACCGGACAGCGUGCAUAGACCGGGAGGAAGGAGCGGCAGCGGGGGAAGAUCUUCCAUAAGCGAGGCGGUCGCUACUCGGGAAGCGUGCAAAGAGGACACUUCCGGAAGCUCCCACGGACCGAGGCAUCGCUGGCAACCCGGACGCCAAGCACAGAUGGGGACAGUGGGGAACAGGCGGGAGAGAUGCAGGAGAGCUCGCGGAUCGCCAGGAGGGAGCGGACCACGGAGAGCAGCGAGGCAGAACAUCGGUCCCGGGGCAGGUAAAUACGUGCUCCCUGUCUCCUGCGGCGCUCUGUUUAUUCCCCGUGCUCUCUCCACCUCCGCACCGACACUGAUCACCGGAACGCAGGGCACCACGGGUGCAGCACAGACCUCCCCCCGUCUCCCUCGGCCAGCAUCAGCCUCCGCAAGCUGCCUUCAAAGGAUGGUGAGCGAUGGGGGGGGGAGGUGCCCCCGGCCCCACACAGGCAACUGUACCCCGCACUUCACCGCCGCCAGCUUUCACAGCCCUUGUUGGAGGUCUGCUAACGGCCGGACUUACUUCACCAGCACACCGGAGGGAUGCGUGCAAUCGCCGCAGCUCCGGCUCCUGCUACAGGGGCAUCUGUGGAGGGACAGAGGAUACCCGUGGUCAUUGGACACCAAACGGGGGCGGGCGGGAGAGAUGCCAGAGUACUCACGGGACCACCAGGAGGGAACGGACCACGGAGAGCCACUCACCAAGCAACGUCGACAGAUGCUACCCGCGCCCUAGCUCGGCCACCCGCAUCCCGCCGGUGAGGCCGAAGCGCACCAGGGAGGCUCCUCUAUGCACCGCCAUAAAGGAGGAGGCUUCCAUCGACCAGGGCAUCAUGUGCAGCCAGGUCGGCGAACACGGACGGAGACGGCGGUGACUCUCCUGCUCACUAGAGCCAGGCAUGCGGCCAGUGCGGUCCAUGCCAUGACCAUCGGGUCAUCAGGACAGCCGAGCGCCAUAGCAAGCGCAGCACAGGCACCAACGACAAAGACCGUCGCCCAGGCAAGCACGGCGCAAGGACAAGAUCGAUGAGUUAAAUCACACAUAUAAUGUGUAGAAUGCUGGUGUUUUGUUAUUUCAGGGCAUGCCUGCUUACUUGCGGAAACUAGAAUAAGGAAGAUCGCAGUAAGAGACGGCGGGCAAAGCGUGACGUGCCACCAAGGGCAUACUCUGCCUUAAAGACAUGGCUAGUUCCACAUAUGUUACCAGCCUGUGUGUUUGCGACUUGCUGGUGGCCCAGUGCGAUGUUAACUGCUGUUGUGAUCCUGACUGCAGUGCUUCUGAUUUCAGCGUAUUCUCUGGAUGUUCCAUUCCUGUUGUAAUCGGUGACGGCCAAUUGUGUACACAGGUAGCCACUCUCUAUUCAAUCAAUGCUUCAAGUGUUCCUCAAAGAAUAACUGAAAAGGUGGAAGUAGUCAAUCCGAAUGUUUUCUGCAUUCAAGCAACAAACUAUCAACCAGCGCUGUCCUAUAUAACUCCAGAUAAUCCAACAGCAACAAGCUUUGACAGUUUACUCACAGAGUUUGGUGGGAAUGAGUUCAACACUGAAAAUGGUGCACAAAAUGCAGUUGGUUCAGCUGCCGCGCGUAACGCUACAAGAUAUGAGUACGGUUCUCCAAUCCUGACUCCAAACUCGUACCUUACGCUCCCCGCUCCUCUGGGCACAAGAGCUUGCACAGACAGUAACCCAGUCGGUUUUUUGGAGAGCCAGGAUUUCAUGUGUAGCCGAAGUAUACAGAUAGAAAAUUGUUCUGUUCCUGCCCUGACAUUUGGGACAUACAAAAACAUUCAAAUUUUGCCGGUGCCAAAUUCACAAAAUGGGCUAAAUGUGACUAUACAGACUAUUACACUGCAGUCCAUAGAUGGUGUUCUCAUUCGUGGAAAUCUUAGUGACUAUGUACCUUCCUAUGACAGUAAUACAGGGGUCUGUAGCAAUGCUGUUCUGGAGGGCAGUUACUCUGUGACAUAUACAGAUCAAGGGGAGAUUACAAGUGUAUCGGUGUCUUUUAUCCUUGGAGCCAUUAACAAGAGCCCGUUUCAACAAAAGUUUCACAUACACUUCAUUGAGGACGGCUCAGCAUCAGCUCCUCUGAGCGGGAACCCAGGCUAUGUAUUCGGGCUGCCUCUAGUAGCUGGCUUUAAAUUGCCACAGUCCGGCAUUAUUCGGAGUACUAACAGAUUUGGGCAACUAACUCUGCUUAAAAGCUCAAGUGACCAGAACUGUUUAGCAGAAGAUGGAAAAAGGGCUCCCGUGUUAUUUGGGUAUAACAUGAUGUCUGGCUGCACACUCCGUAUGAAUUAUUCUGAUGCUGCAUUUUGUCAGAUUGCUGCAGACACCACACUGAACGCACUUACAGGCCAGCAGUUUCCAGACUAUGUGGCUCAGUUUGGAAAUUCUCAGCCAGAAAAUGUAUUAGACUGGGUGGCAAUUAAUUCCAUCAUUCCUGUAGAACAAGCCAGCAUCGAGGGUAUGUGCAAAAUCCCAGUUUCCUUGAAGAUGGAAGUUAGAUGGACAAAAUUUGGCUCCUUGGUUAACCCUCAAGCACAGAUAGUGAAUGUGACGCAGGAGAUUACUAACGCUUUUAUCCCAAAUAACUUGGGAAGAGAAGUGUUUGUGCAGAUCUCUACUUCUGUGACGUUUCUUGAUGUGUCCCAGUCUGCAGUUCCUGGUUACAGAGCUCAGCCGACCAUUGAUGCAAAGUUACCCUUUGAUUUCUUCUAUCCAUUUGUAUAAAGGGAAAAAAAACACCCAGCAGAUCUACGAUUCAUAAAUUCGGUGUAAAAUGCGUAUGCUGUGAAAGGUUAUUUUCAAGAAAUCUGUUUCAGUCUCACUAUAAUUCUACUCAUUUUAAGGAAGGUCUAUUAUACCUUAAAUACAAUUUGAUGAACAUAAAUAUCAUCUGGGAAAACAGCUGUGUGUCAUAACAAUUUUUCACAGUGAAAUGGACCACACAAAGAAUUUAUGGAACAGAUUUUAUACCGUAUUCUAUCUGUCCUACUCUUGGUUCACUAGGAGCGGCCAUGAUGCUCUCUCUCUGGCUCAUAUUGUGCCAACUGAAAUUAAAAAGUGUUUUUCCUAGAAAAUUAUUCAUAGAAAACUAUUUAAGUUUGGUUCUGAUUUAACCACUUGCCUGGCAUAAUGGUAUGUGAUAUGACCGCUGCCAGGAGUGCGUUUCCUGGCUUGGUCGUAUCACAUACGCCGGUGCCGCCUCAAUGUGUCCCCCUCUGUAUGGAGAAAAUCUGUUCUGCACAAGUGCAGAACAGUCUUCCUCCUGCUGCAGCGGCGCUCUGCACAUCACUCCCUAAAUUGCUCCCCAGAAUGGCUUGCAAGUGGCAUUCUGAGGCGCAUGCAACGGACGUUUCCCAGCACUUCACUUCUAUACUGGUCUCUGCAUGUGUAGAGAUCAGCUGCGCUCUGCAAACGUUUGAGGGAAGGGGGUGCUUUUUCUUUAUUUAUUUUUUUUGGAGGGGAGAGAAAUCAGGCUGUAUUAAGCCCAAUGGUUUGUUUGGCUGUGGACACCCUAUGUGUAUGUAUGUAUAAUGUGUAUGUAUGUAUAUACAUAUACACACACACUAUCACCAGUACGGGGUGGGGGUGAUAAUGGUGGGGAUCAUUUUGCCACUGUGGGGGCUAUUUCUAUUAGGGGAGGGAAGUGUUUUACAAUGGGGGCCUAUGGACACGUGGGUACAAAACACCCCCAAAGUAUGUCUUUUUUAAUCAAAUAUUUAAGUAUAUUUUUUCAAAUAAAUAUUAAACUUGCUUUAAAAAUAAAAAACCCAAAACCCAACAACUAUUUCUGACCGUUUUUAUGGGGGAGUGCGGGGAUUUGAGUAUUUGAGAAAUGCUUUGUUCCUACUUCCCAAUAUGAUAGACAAUUAUUUAAAUUAACAAAUUAUGGUUCACAUCUCUUUUUACCCCAUAAGACAACUAUAAACUCAGUUGGUAUAUUAUGUAUGCUUAUGCUUGAUGUAGUUCCAGUCUUCUUGGUGUAUAUGUGAAACACUUGCAGCGUAUUUGUCAGAUAUAGAUCAGGCAUACAUCAGAUGCAUUAACUAUGUUUUAAACAUUUGUCUUGGUAGCAAAUUACUUACCCACGGUCAAUGACCACGGGUAAUUGUAUCACCAGGGGCUAUCCUAUUAGCCCCAAUGCAUUGUCCUCCUCCACCCGAUGCCGGCACUUAUCAGGGAUUAUGCUUCAGGUGCCUCAUUCAACCGAAAAAUUGGGCUAGAUGCAUCAUCGCUUGGAAAGUGAUAAAAUGGAGAGAGAUAAAGUACCAGCCAAUCAGCUCCUAACUGCCAUGUCACAGGCUGUGAUUGAAAAAAUAAGAAUUUACUCACCGGUAAUUCUAUUUCUCGUAGUCCGUAGUGGAUGCUGGGAACUCCGUAAGGACCA